AGCACAAUAAAACAGCUAGCGGAGUUGGCAGCGCGGCCAGGCCCCAUUUGAAGGUUGACUGCGCCUGCCUGACAGCAACCAUCAACACAGUUUGGGGCCCCAACUGAUCAGCCCCUUAAAAAGUUUCUUGGGGCCGCUUCUGCUCUCUCAUGGGCUGCACAAAGGGGCCACAGGCCUUCGCUGACCUUACCCCAAGCUAAUUGUGGCGAUGAGCUAAUCGACUGAUGAAUGGCCUUCUAUUAAUAGCCUUUGACUGAAAGGAGUGUAGCUGUCAAGCCUGUUCCGUUCAGUUUUAGAGCCCCAUUUCAGUUAAGUCUGGUGGGUGCAAUGCCGCAUCAAUGCAAGCUAAUUUUGGAUAACUAUAUGGGGCACUACGUUCCUGGCGCCCCUAUCCAGGGGCGCGUGCUGCUCAAUCUGGAUACCGAUACCAACUUGCGAGGCGUCCGCGUGGAACUCCACUGCAAGGAACAGACGUCGUGGCUGGGGACCGAGUCCUACUAUGACAGUGAGGCCAGAGAGCACAAGUCGCGAGACACCCAGUUUCGGGGCGAUUGGGAAGUGUUUGGGGCCAACGAGUGGCUUUAUGGGGAUGGGCACACCAGCACAACGUUGUCUGUAGGACAGCACAUUUAUCCCUUCCAGUUGGGACUGCAGCAGAACAUCCCGGGCUCCUACCAGUGCGAAAGCGGCUCGGUCAGCUACAAGCUGGUCGCCACUGUGGACCGCCCGAUGGCCUUCGACUACCAGGACGAGAUGCUCGUAAUGGUGCAAUCGCCCGUGGAUUUGCGCUUCAUCGCCCGUCCAGAAGACAUGAUGCCAGUGACGCUGUCCGAUGAGAAAAGCGUGUGCUGCUGGUGCUGUGCUCAGGGCCCCAUCAGCAUGGACCUGGAGCUGCCAAAGGCCACGCUAGUGCCCGGUGAAGAACUGGAGAUCAAAAUGCAUCUAAUCAACAUGUCCAGCACCAAUGUGGAGGGCGUUUCUUUGCAGCUGACGCAGCUGAUCACCUACAAGGUGACGGAGCCGGGGCGCGACGAGCGCCAGGACUCGAGUAAACUGGUGGAGCUCAACGAUGUGGGCCUGGGGGCGCACGGAGAGCACACCUACGUGUUCCGGGUGGCGCUGCCGCCCACUGCCGUGCUUCCCAACUUUGUCCAAUGUCGCCUCUUUGCGGUCGAGUACUUUUAUAAGGCGGUGGCCAAGCUGCCCUCCGUGCACAAUAACCUGGAGGUCCGGCUUGCGCCCAAAGUGGGCCACAUUCCGCUGGGCUGGAACGGGGGGCCGGCGCCCAGCGCCCCCCCAAAGGAGCUGGAGGCUGCACGCCCCUACGAGCAACCGCCCCCGUCCUAUGACAGCCUCAAUUGAAAAUUAAAAAAUUGCUUUUGAAAA